GCGCCGAAGGACUACGGCACCCAGAGUGCACCGCGCCGCCGCUGGGGGAGCAUGGCUGCUGGGUCUGCACCCUUAGCUUUGGGGCCUCUGUGCGUGCGUAUGUUUAUGUUCGCAAUCCGCUGCUUCCGCAGAGAAGUCCCAGGUCAUCGAAGCCUUUUCCUCUUCAGGCGGUUUGGGAGUACAGACUCCCUCUUACGCCUAACUCAGCACCCAAGGCUGUGCUCGGAGAGACAGUUCACACUAACGCGUUUGAAUUUUCUGUCUUCCCCUUUUGUCAUCCCAAUACAGAAUUCCCCUCUGUGGAAAGUGCAAAUGUUGUUUCUGCAUUGGAUAUUGAAAAGGGCAAUUGAUCUAAAGAAGUAAGCUGUAGCAUACCCUUAGAAAUAGCUGAUGUGAAAAGUAGAAAUACCGUAUACAUAUUAGUAACAUAUUUUAGAAACAUAGUUACCGAAUUACGUGACAAAUUCUUACUUCCAAAGCUGAGAUAGACUUUAAAUGUUCUAAACAUUUAGGUUGUUCAUUAGGCCACAGAAGUGAAAUACAUUUAAUGAGCUUUCAAGGACUCCAGGCCUUUACACGAAGCAGAACUGUCCCACUUUGUGGGAAUGUUAGGAUGCCAUAGGCAGGUCCAAGAUACUCCCCUCUAUCCUCCUUCCAAGCUUAUUUCUAUGCAAGGACAGAUAAAUGACCAGAACAAUGACCCAGUGUAAAGGGCACAAAUGCUAGGGGGUAAUUAAACAAUUAAGAGGUUGCGUUUAUGCUUAUGUUGUAAAGCAGGCAUCUGAAAGUUUUGACCAGAUGUUUGUUAAGAAAGCAAUUGUUAGAAGGCAAUUAAUCAAUUAAGAUAUUUGUGUCUGAGCCGUAAAGAUUUGUGUUCACUUGGUAUUUGUAUGAUUAGUGAAGCGUCGCGAAAGAUUGUGAACCUGCAGUACUCAGCCAAUGAGGACCCAGGGGAGAGACAGAUAACGUAGGGCAAUAGGGGAUAAAAGAUAGAAGACUGUUUUCUGUGUGUGCUCCUGCUUGCAGGAGGCUCAACAUUGCAAUUGCGAAUAAAAUCUGCUUUAUCAGAGAUACUGUCCUGGAAAACUAUUUGGAUAUUUCCAACAAUUUGGGGGCUCCUCCAGGGUAAUUAUAGCCUCUCAGGGGUCUCCCUCACUACCCUGGACAGGAUAGUGCACCCCGCUGAUUUUAGCAGUCCUGUCUGUCUGGUGACACUUUGGGACGGCCGAUAAGAAACCGAAACUGUUACAUAAAGGACAGGCUCUGAGAAAGCCAAGAGGCAGGUACGCAUGGGUGUUGGCCAUUGCGACCCAGUAACUUCGUGCAUGGACCAAGGAUGAUCUCGUCAGGAUCCGAGGACUGCUAGCGCAGACACCACCUCUGGAAUUUCCGAUUCAUCCAUUCCAAUCUGGAGACUGGGUCCUCAUCCAGACCUGGAAGGAGGCAAAGCUGCAACCUGACUGUCAGGACGGCUGAGGAAGGUUGGACUCACUUCACUCGAGUAAAACUCUCCACUAGCCCUGCAGCAUGGGAAACUGUUGCCAUGGAGGAUCUUCUAAAGAUAAAAAAUAGAAAGAAAUUAUAAAUAAACUAAUCUGUAAUUUCUCCUUAACAAUUAUAGGUAGGGAGGUGUUUAGGCUAUAUAUAUUUAUAUUUCUAGCAGGAUAUAUCCUAUUCUUCACUAUAGUAACUAUAUAGAGAUUUAGGAGUUAACAAUGAUGCGGGGGAGAGACCAAUUAGUAGUUUUGAUUUUGACAGUGAUCCCCUUCAAAGUCUGUCUUAGUCAACUGAUUGCUUGGGAAAAGGAUGACCUGCAAAGGGGAGUGGGAGGAUACCCUGUUAAGAUGUGGGUGAAUGUAACAAGGAGAGAAACGCUUCAGACUGUCACAUUCGAUGCUUGCAAUGUGAUAGCCUGCGGGGGCUUAAAUGCCCAACGAUGAUUGAGUCAUGAAGAUAAAUACCUGUGUCCUGAAUUAGGCAUGAAUAAGAGAUCUCCUUGUGAGUGAUGGAACUAUGCCUAUCAAGGCUGAACAUAUACUCAAGGGAUAUUUGAUACGUUGCAAUCACACACCCUAAAAGAACGGAUUAGUAUGUUUAAGGGCAUUGUCCAACCAGACUGCCAGGCCUUGCAGUGUAAUCCGGUGACAAUAAUAAUUAGCAAGGCCGAUAGCCUUGUUAACAUCACCUUUGGCAUUGGAAUAAACAUACGAGGAAAAGACCCAGUAGCUAGAUUCAGAAUAGCUGUAUGGGAUUCAUUACCUGAUCAUACUCAAAAUGUCCAGGAUAAGAAAAAGGGAGUGAAAAAUCUUCCUAAAAAUCCUGCAGCCGUAGCAAUUAGAGAAAUAAAAGAUCUCAGACAAACAUUUGAAAUUGAGACAGGAUACGGAGAUGUGAAUGCCUGGGUAGAAUGGAUUAAGUAUACUGUCCAGAGUCUCAAUCGCAGCAGCUGCUAUGCUUGUGCACCAGGGCGGCCUGUAGCUCAGGUAGUACCCCUUCCUCUGGGGUGGACCAAGGAUUCCCAAGGGAUGCAAUGUAUGAUUGCCCUGUACCAGGAGAAAACUGCCUGGGGAAAUGAAGCCUGUAAAUCUCUCUCCCUAUUGUUUCCCCCGAUAUCAGAGAUGGAUGUCAAAAUCCCUCCUGCAUUUUCUCUGGCCAUAGGUAACCAUACAGCUUGUCUCUCAAGACAGGGUGUGAAGGCUACCAGGCCCAUAGGGAAUUUCUCACUCUGCAGUGAAACCUUGGAUGUUACGAAAGAUUUAGCAGGGAACUAUUCAAGGCUGGGAAUCCCUAGAGCAGAUCUCUGGUGGUAUUGCGGUGGAAAGAUCUUACAGUCCACUCUCCCAUCUAAUUGGGGAGGUACCUGUGCACUUGUUCAACUACUGGCUAUACCGUUCACUCUGGCAUUCGAGAAGGAUCUAUUACACACUCACAAAAGGGACAAAAGGAGCCUAGGAGUCUCAUUCGACGAUGAUGCAAUAUAUAUAGACUCAAUUGGGGUGCCCAGUGGUGUCUCUGAUGAAUUUAAGGCUAGAAAUCAAAUUGCUGCAGGAUUUGAGUCACUAUUCUGGCGGGUGACAAUUAACAAAAAUGUAGAUAGGAUAAGCUACAUCUAUUACAAUCAGCAGAGAUUUAUAAACUAUACAAAGGAGGCAAAAAAGGGCAUUGCAGAACAAUUGAAUGCUACAAACAGGAUGGCCUGGGAGAAUAGGAUCGCCCUAGACAGGAUAUUAGCUGAAAAAGGGUGUGUGUGUGCAAUGUUGGGUACUCAUUGCUGUACUUUCAUCCCAAAUAACACAGUCCCAGAUGGCACAAUAACUAAAGCAUUAUGGGGGCUUACUACUCUUGCUAAUGAAUUAGCAGAAAAUUCAGGAAUAGAUAAUUCUCUCACUGGAUGGUUGGAGUCCAGGUUUGGCAAAUGGAAAGAGAUGAUUGUGUCCAUAUUUACUUCUUUGAUUGUGGUAGCAGGAGUCCUGACAGCCAUUAGUUGCUGUAUCAUCCCCUAUGUGAAGGGAUUGGUACAGCGAUUAAUCGAAACUGCGCUGCUGAAGCAAACAAUAAUGGAGCCACCACCAUACUCGGAUAAAAUGAUGGUAUUAGAAGAAAUGGAGAAUGAAGAAAGUGAAGAAGAAGUUUUUAGAAUCGUACCUUAGAAAAGAAUUGCAGAAAUCAACAUUGUAAAAGAAAAAGAGGGGGGAACUGUGGAAAGUGCAAAUGUUGUUUCUGCACUGGAUAUUGAAAAGGGCAAUUGAUCUAAAGAAGUAAGCUGUAGCAUACCCUUAGAAAUAGCUGAUGUGAAAAGUAGAAAUACCGUAUACAUAUUAGUAACAUAUUUUAGAAACAUAGUUACCGAAUUACGUGACAAAUUCUUACUCCCAAAGCUGAGAUAGACUUUAAAUGUUCUAAACAUUUAGGUUGUUCAUUAGGCCAGCAGAAGUGAAAUACAUUUAAUGAGCUUUCAAGGACUCCGGGCCUUUACACAAAGCAGAACUGUCCCACUCUGUGGGAAUGUUAGGAUGCCAUAGGCAGGCUCCAAGAUACUCCCCUCUAUCCUCCUUCCAAGCUUAUUUCUAUGCAAGGACAGAUAAAUGACCAGAACAAUGACCCAGUGUAAAGGGCACAAAUGCUAGGGGGUAAUUAAACAAUUAAGAGGUUGCGUUUAUGUUUAUGUUGUAAAGCAGGCAUCUGAAAGUUAU